AUGGGUGACAUAGCGCUGGAGCUGGAGCAUCAGCACCUCCCGACUCUGAUGGUACUGCAGAACGAGAACUUCAACUACUCCCGCUUCACAGACAGCUACCUGAUGGAGCCCUGGACCUGCACCGACUCCGACCUCAGCAAGACCAAAGACGACCUCACUGCCUUCUCCUUCCUCUACGAGUGCAAGACUCCAAAGGAUCAGAGGAUGACUGCAUGCAGCAGAGGCAGUAGCUUAUACAAGCCAGAGAGAUUAGCAAGUUUAGCUCAGGUGUACGUCAGGACCCUGGGUGCCUCAUCCCCUGACUUGCUCUCCCUGGAUAGCCCAACCCACAUCAUGAAGCUGCUGACCAACAACAUUUCCGCCAGCCAGUCACAGGAAGUGCUGGACCUCAACAGGAAGUUGUCCCCACUGUGCCCGCCGAAGCAGACCUCCCCUGGCCCACAGACCUACAUCCAGCCUGCAGAGAGCUACGACAAGCAGGUGAUCAACACCAUCUUCGACAGCCUACUGCACACAGCCUACCCAGCAGUCACCACAGAAGGGACGGUGUCCUACAGCGAUUCCUUCGUAAACCAAAGCAGCCCAGUCUACUCAGACUCCUACACCAACUCACCCCCAGAGAGAUUCAGAAAUGAUUUCCAGUUCAUCCUUGGCGCGCCUCAGGCUUCCCAGCACAAGACCACAGAGAUGCCCAUGGUCUACCUGAACAAGGGUCAGUUCUACCCCAUCUCCCUGCUGGGGAUGGACAGCAGCGCUGGACAGCCCAUGGGAAGAGUCAAGACGGUGAUCAUGGCGGUGUUUGAGAACGACAAGAGCCCAGAGAUGCAGCUGAAGUGCUGGAAUCACUGGCACGCCAGACAGCCAACCGUUAAGCAGAGGGUCAUUGACAUCGCUGACUACAAAGAAACCCUUACGGGCAUCAGCAACGUGGAUGAAGUAGCAUUCAACGCUCUGUCCUUCGUCUGGAACACCAAUGAGGAGGCCAAGGUGUACAUUGGCAUCAACUCCCUGAGCACGGAUUUCUCGGCUCAGAAGGGUGUGAAGGGCCUGCCGCUCAACCUCCAGAUUGACACGUAUGACAUCAGCACUGGCACCAACACACUCAUCCACCGUGCCGCCUGCCAGAUCAAAAUCUUCUGCGAUAAGGGAGCAGAGAGGAAGAUGCGAGAUGAGGACAGGAAGAAAAGUAAGAGGAGGGUGAAGAAUGACUCCAGCAAUGCCAACAGCAAACAGGGCCAUGUGAGCAGCUCUAUGGGGGCAGACAGCACCUACUUCAAGACGCUGGACGACCAUGUGACGCAGCCAGUGCUCUUCAUCCCAGAGAUGCACUACAGCAACCUGCAGCGCUGCGGCCUGGCCCCCUCAGUCGUGGUUGAGGAAGGUGACUCCAGGGCCUCUCUGAAGAGGGUCAGCUGUUACCCCGAGGCGGGAGAAAGGUGCAGUCCGCCCCCAAGCAAACAGGCCCGUCAAGAGGAGCAUCAGAGAGUCCUGCUGUACGUGCGGAAAGAGACGGAGGAAGUGUUUGAUGCCCUCAUGUUAAACAGCCCCACGUUGAAAGGCCUGCGAGAAGCCAUUUCAGAAAAGUACGGUAUGCAAGAAGACGCCAUUGGGAAAGUCUUCAAGAAAUGCAAAAGAGGGAUUUUCAUCAACAUGGACGACAACAUUAUCGAACACUACAGCAACCAUUCGGCUUUCCUGAUCAACAUCUCCGAGGUCAUGAUGGGUCACUUCCACAUCACCCUCACCGAGCUCUAGAAAGUUCCACCAGCCCCCGCCUCUCUCUCUCCAGCUGUUCUGACGGCCAUCGCUGGAAACUUAAAGCACUGCCACCACACUGAGAGACUCUUGGAUGAAAACCUGUCUCCAUGGAAACAAGAGAAGCAGGAAAUAAUUUAACAAGCAGACCCAACAUGAGCUCAUGAAACUGCCAGACAUUGCCUGUGUAAAUACCACUCGCUGUUUAUCUUUAUGAACUUUUAAUAUUAUUUUAAUAUAA